CCAUACCUGCAUAGAGCUCCCAGUAUUCUUAGGGACCGUAUCGAACGUCGCAUUAUCCAGCGCGCACUGCACCAAGUGAGGGAGCCGAUACCGAAAAGACUUCACAUCCCUUCAACCAAAAAAAUAUUAUAAAAUCCAGGAUUGGACAACCAUUAAUCGAAAUGUUUGUCAAAAGAAUGCGACCAGUCAGGUUCCUCCCCCUUCUGUGCGCAGUUUGCCAUCUGACCAUGGCUUUCCCCGCCCAAACAGGAUACUCAGAAGACGACAACCGACAACUCCAGGUAACCAUCUCCAAGACAACCCCCAUCUCCGCUGCACACCUGGGAGGCUCCAUCACAAUCCCCUGUCUGGUGUCCCUGUCCCCUGGGCCCCCCUCAUCCUCCACGCCCACAAUCCCACCCCGGGUCAAGUGGAGCGUGUUGCAUGAGGGGGAGCAGGAGGAGACAGAGAUCCUGGUGGCGCGGGGUCAAAGGGUGAAGGUCAACGAGGCCUACAGAGAACGAGCUUCCCUGGUCAACUUUGCAGACUCGCCCGAGGACCUCUCCCUGUGGUUGGGUGAGCUGCGCUCAAGCGACACGGGGCACUACCGCUGCGAGGUGCAGCAGGGCCUGGACGAUGCCAGUGACUUCACACAGAUCAAGGUCAAAGGUGUGGUCUUCCACUACAGACACGCCUCUGGCCGCUAUGCGUUUUCGUUCAGUGAGGCCCAGAGGGCGUGCGAGGGCAUUGGGGCACACAUCGCUACUCCCGACCAGCUUUUGGCAGCCUAUUACGAUGGCUAUGAGCAGUGUGACGCCGGCUGGCUCGCUGACCAAUCUGUCAGAUAUCCAAUCCAAGUUCCCCGGGAAGGUUGCUAUGGUGACAUGGAUGGCCGCCCGGGAGUGAGGAACUAUGGGACGCUGGAAUCAGAGGAGCUGUUUGAUGUGUAUUGUUAUGUGGAGCAUAUUGAUGGGGAGGUAUUCCAUGGCUCUGCCCCUCAGCAGCUGUCAUUGGACGAGGCUCGGGCUUACUGCGAGAAGGAAGGGGCAGAGCUGGCUACCACAGGGCAGCUGUACAUGGCGUGGAGCAAGGGUUUGGACCGCUGCAACCCUGGCUGGCUGUCUGAUGGCAGUGUGCGCUACCCCAUCAUCAUCCCUAGGGAGCACUGUGGUGGGCCUCAGGCAGGGGUCAAGACCCUGUAUCGCUACAGCAACCAGACAGGCUUCCCUGAAUCAUCCAGCCGUCAUGAUGUUUACUGUUUCAGAGGUACUGGGAAUCCUCACACUGAUGCCCCCAUGGACUACAUGGCCACUGAGCCAGAGGACAUCGGACAAGAUAUUGUCAUUCUUAUGGAGCCUGCUGAGGAGCUCCGUCUGAGCCAGGAUCCGGAGCAAGUGGAGCGAGAGGCCCAGAGUGUCCUGGAAUCCCUCCCCGUCUUCCAGUCAGCUCCUGCUCGGGAGGACCUGGAGGGGACUCCCCCUACUGCCCUGUCAAGCACAGAGGUCCCCCUCACCCAUACAGCCUCCACCCAGGACCUCCUCCAGCCCUUUGAUGAGACUUCACUUCCUGUAGAAGAAAACUACCACUCCCAACAUGCUACUUCACUAUCCAGCACCAUCAGUGAGCCAGACUCUCUCCACGAAGGAGACUAUGACUCCCAGAAUUCAACUUCACUACCCAGCACCUCCAGUGAGCCAGAAUCCCUACACGAAAGAGACUAUCAUUCCCAGAAUUCUAGUUCAAUACCCAGCACCUCCAGUGAGCCAGACUCCCUCCACGAAGGAGACUAUCACUCCCAGAAUUCUAGUUCACUACCCAACACCUCCAGUGAGCCAGACUCCCUCCACGAAGGAGACUAUCACUCCCAGAAUUCUAGUUCAAUACCCAACACCUCCAGUGAGCCAGACUCCCUCCACAAAGGAGACUAUCACUCCCAGCAUUCUACUUCACUACCCAGCACCUCCAGUGAGCCAGACUCCCUCCACGAAGGAGACUAUCACUCCGAGAAUUCUAGUUCACUACCCAACACCUCCAGUGAGCCAGACUCCCUCCACGAACGAGACUAUCACUCCCUUCAUUCUACUUCACUACCCAGCACCUCUAGCGUGCUAGACUCCCUCCACGAAGGCAACUCCAGUCUCUACCAGCCCGUGCUGGAAACAACCCCAGAAUUCCCAGAGCUGUCCUACGAGCCACACAGACAUUACCAGCCGAUGCCAGAGAUGAACCCGGAGGAACCUGACUACCAACAGUCAGGAUCUUCCAAGCACUUUCAGCCGAUGCCAGAGACCAACCUUGAGUUGGAUCAAGUGGAAGCCAACUACAGCACAACAGGAGGUAACCAGAGUCAUCGGGAGAAUACAAAAGAGACUACCACAAUGGCCUUUGACCCCAUAGAGAAUGCUACCGAGGCACGUGAACCUACCGCAGAGAGAAGACACAAAGAGGUGAUCGUGGGAGAGCCUGAGGAGACAUCCAUCUUGACCAAGUCCCCGGGAGAGCUUGAUCCCCGCCCAGCCUGGUCUACCCUCUCCCCCCAUGCAAAGGCAACCUCAGUGUGGUCGCCCCUGGAUGGAUCUGGAGAUGUGUCCCAAGAGAUAGAACUAGGUGUCCAUCAGGGAAUCCACACAGGCAGAUCCACCAGCAUCCCCAGUGAGGAGCAGACAGGGGUUACGCAUUCAAGCAGCAUCUCAUCUGGACUGGAUCAUUCUGAGGAGCUGGGACUGGAUGUAUACUCCACCGUAGGCCAUCCACAAGUAACCUCCCAUGGAACUUCCUCCGCUAGGCCGGAAGGCAGCACCAGUCUAGAUUUUGAGGGUAUCAUCAAUCCAGAGAGAUUGGUACCUUCAGAAGAAGUGGAGCUGGCACCAGUGGAGUCUGAUGAUGAGCACCUGGGGUCUGGAGAGGGCAUAGCCACUAACGAGUCUCCAGACCUCUCCACCAUCUCCCAGCUGCCUGUCGAGUUUACCACUAUGGGCUAUCAAACAACAAUCAUGUCCAGAAUAGAGAUGGAUCCCACAACCACGGGCCCUGAAGAAGACGGAAGUGGACAUGAGCCAGGCACUGAUGAACCAUCCCUGGGAGAAAAAGUUACCGUCUUCCCCCUUGAGUCGCAAACAUCCAGCUGGGAUCUGCACCGCACCACCUCUGCACCCCAAGAGUCUCAGGACGACCUUGAAUACAGCGGGGAACCCCCUUCCACCUCUUCCCAGACAGAGCUUCCAGACUCCUCAGCAGAACCUGAUCUGUUUGGGUCAGACUCCUUGUCCACCUCAAGUACGGAUCCCACCGCUGCCACCAUGUCCACAUCCACCAUGUACACAUCCACAGAGUGGGCCACACAGACCUGGAGCCCCACCACCUCCACCACACAAGGUCCCCCAGAAACAUCUAAGAGGGUGAUGGCUCUAAUGCCCCCCGUGGAUCAGGGCCGGUUGGAUCUGGAAUUCGGCCUCACCCAGCCACCCACCCUGCUCAUCUUGCCCAAUGAGAGGGUUGCCGUGGGCAGUGCCAGGAAGAUUUCAGUUGCCUGUCUGGAGGACCCCUGUGCCAACGGCGGCACCUGCGUUGAGAUGGGCGGGAGCACCAAAUGCCUCUGUUUGCCCAGCUAUGGAGGUGACCUCUGUCAGACAGAUCUGGAGCAGUGUGAGGUGGGCUGGCAGAAGUUCCAUGGGAACUGCUACAAGCACUUCAACCAGCGGCUGAGCUGGGAGGUGGCGGAGCAGCACUGUCGCAUGGUGGGGGGCCACCUGGCAUCAAUCAUGACCCCUGAGGAGCAGGACUUCAUUAACAAUAACUAUAAGGAGUAUCAGUGGACUGGAUUGAACGACAAGACCAUCGAGGGGGAUUUCCACUGGUCCGAUGGUAACCCAUUGCUCUAUGAGAACUGGUACAGGGGCCAGCCUGACAGUUACUUCCUGUCUGGAGAGGACUGUGUGGUGAUGGUAUGGCAUGAUGCUGGGCGCUGGAGUGACGUGCCCUGCAACUACCACCUGGCCUACACCUGCAAGAAAGACACCUCUUCAUGUGGACCUCCCCCCAAAGUCCGGAACGCAUCUGCGUUUGGCAAAAUUCGCCAGAGGUACGAGACAGACGCGGUUGUGCGCUACUACUGUGCCCAGGGCUUCCAGCAGAGACAAAACCCUCUGGUCAAGUGCCUGCCAGGAGGCAAGUGGGAGGAGCCCCAGAUCCUCUGCAUCCCUGGGGCAGGAAGCACAGCACAGACAGUAGGAGUAACAUCACCAACCACAGGAAGCCAGGAGCUGGCUGAAGAGGAAUCACAAACAACAAAGGAACCGCUUCAAUACCGGGACAUCAAGUGGAACAUUUAAAUUCCAUACCAUGUCCCAGUACACUUCAAGAGUUUCCUUUCCUCAUAGACCAGAGAUCUGAAAUGGCUGAACAGGUGAAGGCAAUAGGGUGAUCUUGAAGGAAAGGAGACAAGGAAAGAGUACUGGGUUGAAGGAAAGGAGACAAGGAAAGAGUACUGGGACACAGGGUCAGUCAGGCAUAACCUCUUACUUUCCUUCUCUCCUCCCAAAUGCACAUCGAUCUGAAUCUGUUGUUGGGAUAGCCUGGGCGUGAGGGUCUCUUGUAGCCCUACAUAGGAUGCCAUGAAUUGCAAUGGUGUCCUAGAACGCUAGAAUGCGGAACCCGGAACAUAUUCCGUGAAAAGACCUUAGGCUUUCCGAAAAUCCUAUCACUGAGGCAUAUCUAUAAUCAGUAACUCCUUGUCCGGAUUGUAUAAUGUGUGGAUAUCUGUAAAUAAACUUUUCUCCAAACCGGCACCUAACUCCAGCUGUGGUAGAUAGAUAGUGGAAGGAUAUGCGGUAGCUCGUCUUGAGCGCUGUCUAUCACAGGUGAAGUCUGGUGCCGGUCUGGUGCCGGUUUGAUUCAGACGGUUUCUUUAAAGAUAUCCACACAUUGGACAAUCCAGAAGGAUGGACAAGGAGUUACGUAUUGUAGAUGUGCCUUCAGUAAAAUGAUAUUUGGAAACAGGUAAGCCUAUGGACUUUUCGGGCUCCACAUUGUAGUUAUCUAGGAUGCCAUUGCAUUCAAUGUGCGGCGUCAUAUGUAGGGCAAGGUCUCUUGCUGGUUUUAAACAGGCCUCAGCACACUAACGGUGUUCAGUGGUCUCAUCUGCAUAAUUUAUCAUGUUAGUUCUCAAUCAUUGCUUAUUGACUAUUAUUGGCAAAUCAACUUUAUAAAUUCACCCAUAAUAUUUUCAACAACAGCUGGUCUGUUUGCAAUUCCAUUCAUAUUCCAUCAGCUAAGGAUUACCUGGGGUUUGUUCAGGAGGGUGCAACGUUACAGAACGCUCAGUUAGAAAUGUAUUGUGUAGAAUAGAUAUGAUUGCCCAGCCUGACCUCAGAGUCAUACAAAAUAUACUUUUGUAUUUCUGAGCACCUCCAAGAGGUAUGAUCCCUACAGUCUAGCAAUCCAAAGGUGGCAUGUUCGAAUCGCGUCGGGGAUAUCUGUAGCAUUUUAGCUAACCUUUCCCCUAACCCUUAUUCUAAAGUUAACCCAAUUCACCUGCUAUGUAAAUUUACCUAACCUUUGUCAUUUUAGUUCUCCUAAUCUUUGUUGUUUGUUCCCCUAACCGCCAACUUAAAUUGUCCCUGUAAUUCUCCUUUGUUGUUACAGUGCAACAAGCAACCUGGUCUCAGACAAAGACCUCCAAUACUAUAUGUCCUCCAAGACAUAUGAUAAGUUACAUCAUCCAAUUUGUAUGCUAUUGUACGACCGGGUAAGACGUAUGAUACUGUACGUCCUCUAAUUCAUAUGAUAUUGUACGACCACUAUUUGAUUUAUAAUGUAUCGUAACGUAUAAUACUAAAUUGAGUGUCACAUAUUUACGUACAGAUUAAUACCAAUUGCCCUGAGACCAUGUUGGUAUGCCUGUAGACUUGGGAACGACUGUAGUUCUAUUAGUAAUAGUUCUACCGGCAAUGUUUUGAACCUUUCAUCUUAUUGAGUACACUGCAGGACAGGUGAGUCAUUAUAGGGAUGUCUGGUUGAGUGUUGACUCUGUGAUCCAACUCAACCUGUCCCACGUCACUACCCAUAUGGUCUUUAUGAGUCCCCUUCAUAAAACUAAAAGGACUGGAUAAGUGUACGCAAUAUGGUGGGAACUCCACCAAGCCUACCAGAGCGCUAGGUGUGGCUAUUACCACAUUGCUGAUACCAAUCCAAAUCUUUCAGAUCCACGAAGUGACUUAACAAAGUCUUUGGAAUAGAAGCAAUGGUUGGUUUGGAAUCCCUGUGCUCUUAGGAACCCAUAUCAACUCUUGAACUCAGCAUUAUUUCCAUCUCAACCAUUUCACAACCAUAAGCCGCCUUAAACUUUUGUCAUCAACAGACUUUAUAUGAAAAAUGGUGCUAACUCCCUUGCUUAUUAUACCUACAUGAAGUACGUUUUAUUUUUUAAAUCAUUAAGAAUCAAAAUGGCACGUUUGUGCAGCAGGAUGUAAAAAAAUAAAACAACUCCAAACAAAGCUUGUUUAUAAAGUCAAUUCCAUUAUCGAAGUAGGAUUUACAUUUCACACAGUGGUCAGAAUUAUUUUGGGGUGAAAAAGACUAGGGUGAGUGAGUAGCAUGCAAAAUAUUUUACCAUGGUGACAAUGCCAUUACAGUACUUAUCAAAUAUUUUACCAUGGUGACAAUGCCAUUACAGUACUUAUCAAAUAUUUUGAUUUUGUCUAAAGUAUGGUUUAAUUACUGUCCACUCUUCCCUCUGAUAGAUGCCCUACAUUUUACUGACACAGUUCUAUGAAAAUCUUUAUGUUGUAAUAAAGUUUUUUUUUUAGAAUAAAGCAAGAAAUUAAUGAGUAUUAACCACACAGCCAUUAUCAGAAAUGUUAUUUGUUUGUUCUUUAUUUGUUUCUGUUUUUAUAGGCAUCUUUUACAGUAAUACUGUUCCUUUAUAAACCAAUACAAUUUGAA